UCACUGCUGGAGUCACAGUUUCGUUUGUAUCCGUGCAGUUAGGAAUAACGGGACCGCUGCGGCGUCCAGUGCCAAAUUGCAGGCAACCGGCGACAUGGGUCUGAUUAAAUUUAUAAGUGCGAUCAUUACUAGAGCGCUUUUUAUCCUGAUUGCUCUCAUCGGUGUGUGGAGAGUGACUCGGGUGAAGGAACAUGACUUUUACUGGUUGCUAACUUUCCUCUUUUUGCCGCUUGUUCUGGAAAUGAUAAUAACCCUGAGGAGGAGGAAAGGAAAGGAUUACAAAUGGUUUUCCCCACCCAUCUUUCUGUUUCUCAUUAGUAUCAUUCCCUCCAUGUGGCUCCUGGAGCUCCAUCACCAGCAGAAUAAGAACAGCGAACCUCAGUGUCAAAAGCUUGAUUCUUUGGAUCUGUACAACCUCAUUCAAAACAAGACCUCCAGAAACCUCACGAUCACGGAUUCCCUGAAGGAUAUUGGCAAUUUUUUCUCUGCUGUUUGUGCGAAUGACUGGAUCCUGGCUCUCCAUCAGAUCCUGCUCAUCCUGCUCAUUGUGGGGAAGUGGCUCCUGCCCUUGGGAGGCGGGGUCACAAGAGAUGAGUUGUCUCAACUUCUUCUAAUCUUUGUUGGCACUGCAGCAGACAUCCUGGAAUUUACUAGUGAGACACUAUCAGAUAUCAAAGAUAACAAUGAUAUGCUGGUCUAUGUCAUCUUAGGUGUAUGGACCUGGAGUAUGUUGCAAUUUCCACUUCAUCUAGCAGUGGUGAACUCCACACCUGGCAGAGAGGCUGAUCAGGGUGCACAGGAGUCUCUCUUGACUAAGCACAGCACUGACAUAUGGAACAUCAUUCAGGCGCUGUUUAUCCAGGACGGCCCUUUUCUGUGUGUCAGGCUCACUGUGAUGGCCUGCUUCAAAGUCUUCCACCAGAUGCUUGUCUUUUUUGCCAUCAAGAACUUCCUAGUGGUUGCACUGAACUUGUACAGGUUUGUUGUUAUAUGUCAGGACUUCAGAACCUCCAGUGACAAUGAUGCCGGGGGCACCGCCAUCCCAUGACUUUGAUGCAUAAACAACAAGUGUAAACGGAGGUCUGGGAGGAUUUUACACCAAACUUUUUAAAGAUUUUUCAGUUAAAAAGAAAACUACACCUGGAGCAGGAAAAUAAAAAGAAUUUAAUGCUCUCUGCUUUCUUCACACACUUCUACUGUGUGAAAUACAGAAUUCAGAAAACUCGGAUAUGCUGAGCAGCUAAGUUCAGAGACUCAACUGCUUAGCAUCCAGUUCAGCCUAUGAAAAUCUCUGUCAACUCAUUCAUGUAGUACUUAUAUCCGGUUAUGAAUACAUGAUCUAAAUGUUAGUUUCAACUAUGCACGGUAUAAACUGGUUUGUUUGUUUGUUUGUUUGUUUGUUUGUUUGUUUGUUUGUUUGUUUGUUUGUUUGUUUGUUUGUUUGUUUGUUUGAAUGAAUGACUUACGUGACCAACAGCACCAGGGACACAGCAAAACAAGGAAACAGAGCAGAACAGGAAAAAGGUGUGGCGGUCACAAUAAUAAAUAUCUCCAUAUAAGAAAAUAGUGCAAAUCUACAACACUAAGCCUGUCAACACUCCACAAUGCCUUAAAGUAGCUCCAGUGCCUCUGCUUAUCAGUGCAGCAUAAAAUAACUGAAGUCCCAGACUUUCAGGUAAGACUUUUGUGCUUAAUGGCUGAGGGGACAUGAGGUCACCAAGAACAGGAAGAGAAAAAUAGAUGAGAGCAAUGGCUCAGAGGCUAGGAGGUGUUGACAAAAAGCUCGACAGCAUUUUUCCUGUCUUAACGCAGACAGGAUGUUCCGGCUGACUAAAACAAACCCUGAUCCAGCAGCUGGCUGUUAAAGAAAAGAACUUUAGCAGCGUGGAUAAUUAUUCCACACCUUGAUUGAUGGUUAGUUGUACCUCUUGGAUGGUGAUGCUUAAAAAGUAAUUCAUGCCCCCCC